CCUACCCGUUUCAUGACGAAAAAGGUUCAUUUCGGAGACGCUUGGCAUGGCGAUUGUCAUCGCCGUCGGCAACGGAGCGAUCGCCAACGAAGUGCUGAAGAAGACGAAGGGCCAUGCUUUGGGGCUGGGGUUCGUCGCGAUUGCGUUCGGCAUGGCCUUCUUCCUGGCUAUCUCCAUGUUCGGCCACAUCAGUGCCAAUGUGAAUCCCGCCAUGCUCGUCGCCAAGGCAUUCCUGGGUCGAUUGGCAUGGAAGGACGCUCUGGCACUGUCGGUGGCGAACAUUCUCGGAGGAUUCCUAGGCGGUGUCGUUGUCUACGGCCUAUAUUUUGCGCACUUCAGCAUCGUGCCGGAGAGGCCGAGCCCACCUCGUUGGGACGACGCCUUCGUCGACUCGUCGUACGCGCCGCCCACCCACACCAGAAACGCCUACAUAUCGUACGAACCCCGUCAUCGGACCCUCUCGAACGAGGAAAGACGAAAGGUCGUGUUCAGGUACAGGCCGACCGAAGCCUCGGGAAAUGGCGACAAGGCUUGCAACUCGAAUUCGUUCCCCCACGCGGAAAGGUCCAACAGUAUCCAGGUUGGCACCAUGCUUCACGAGCACGACAAAGCAAGAGACCCUGUCUACGGGGCCGGCUGGGAAGGAACGGAAGAACCGAGUGCCGAGUGCCACGACGAGCAUCGCUCCAGAGUCGAUUUGGCUGAGACCCAGCAAGCGGAUCGAGCGCGAUCUUCAUCGCGAGGAUUGAACCGGGUGCUCUCGGGGGAAUCGCUCGAGCAAGACGGCGACUACUACAGUGACCAAGGUCGGGGGGCGGAGGAUUGCGCCCCUGUGGUGCAGUCUGAGAGAACUCCGCGCACGGGGCUACGGCUUAGGCAGGUCGCAGGGAUCAAGUUCGGAGGAGUGCAGCUGCACGAGGCCUCCCGGGUUUCCACGAAGUCGCCCAGGCGUCCCCCUUCCCUAUCCGGCUUCUUUUCUGGGAUUGCGCGUAUGGAACGCGCAGAGCUGGAAAACCAGGAGCUUAUUUCUCAGCUAGAAAGGGACGGCAUCACCAAGAAGGACGUGGCGGUGUAUCGCGGCAUGCUGAUCGCGGAUCAAAACGCGAAGCUGGCCGCCUUCGCCUCCCGACCCGCUGUUCUCAACUACGCUGCCAACACGGUUUCCGGGUCGGCCGCAGCGUUGUAUGAAGCAGCCACCUUUGGUCCCGACAACGUUGACCAGGUUGCCGAGAUAAUUGGUACGUUUGCCCUUAUUUGGUCCGCACUGAUGCUGGAGGAACGAGUCAACCUCCUGGAAACACCGGAAGCGGCGGACAACCUCAUGCCCAUUCUGGGUCCCCUUCUCAUCGGCUUUCUGGUGUUAGGUCUAGUGACAGCAAUGGCGGGUCCAACAGGCUACGCGUCGAAUCCCGCGAGAGACCUGGGGCCUCGAAUCGCGCACUUUGUACUCCCCAUCCCGAACAAGGGCCCAUCCGAGUGGUACUACGCCUUUGUGCCCGUCGUGGGACCGCUCAUCGGCGGGUUUCUCGGGGCGGCGGCAUUCUACGGUUGCAUCCAACUGAACGACUACCCGGCAUGGUUUGAGGGGCCGACCAAUACCUUCGGAGGUAGCUGGGAGUUGUGA